GUCACUUUCUGAGUAUUCACUUUUAAUGGGUUUUUGAGAGAAAUUAUUUUCUGUUUUGUUCCAUGAAUGGUUAAUAACUAAAGCUAUAAAUAAAAUAACAGUAAAAAAAUAAUUCCCUUUAAUUCUUAAUUGCACAAAAUUCUUUGAAAUCGCUGAAAAAUACCAAUAGCUUCCUUUUUACAUUCACUACUGAAUCUAAACAAGGAAGAAAAUACAUACAAAUUAUUCGACCAUGAAUGCCAUUAUUUACCCGUCGUUUAUAUAGACAAAAUUGUUAGUUUAUCAUAUAGAAAUCAUAUUAAAAGUAUUUUAUUUUAUGAUUUAGCAUGUAUCACUUUGUGGAUUAUUUCAUUUAGGAUAUUGAACUAUAUCUAACAUGAAAAUGUGUGCUAUUUUGUGGCAUAUAUUAUUCUUCCUGCUGAGGUUUACAACAGAAUCAAACAGCCAACCAGGAUUCUGCAGAGACAAGCCAGUUGUGAAAUUCUGCACUGAUUAUGGAUUGACAAAUCUAACAGAUAUAAACAUAGACACAGUCAGCGUCCCACGUUAUGAGGAAAACUUUUGUGAAUGUGCCAUAUUACCUUUCGUCUCUGGAAUUAUAUUUACAUUUUCAUACUAUAACAAAGAGGUUCCAAGAAACAUGGUUUUCAAAAUAGAUUCUGCUCUGCUCUCUUCGAAAGAAGCCACCACCGUAAGGAUUACUGACAGAGCAAAGCUUUCGCUUCUCACUACAAAGAACUACACCAGUGAAGGAACAUGCUUAAUUGUUUCCACAGGUAUCGUGCUUUGA